AUGGCCCACCACCACCACCACCACCAGGAAGGACGCUUGGGCGCCCCCUCCAUGCUGGAUCUCCUGGCCGAUCUCACGCAGGAGAGCCAGUCCCUGGGAGAGGAAAUGCCGCCCCGCUUGGAUCUCUACGCUUUCCCCAUCCCCGGAGGUUCCUUGGCCCCGCACGCUUUCUCGGCCGCUGGAAGAGCCCCCGAGGUAGGAGAAGGAGAAGACCACGAGGCGGAGGGAGAGGAAGAAGAGGGGCGAGCGAAGAAGGCCGCCUUCUUGGGCCGACCCAAGAGGAAACGGGUCAUCACCCACCGGCAACGCCAGGCGGCCAACGUCCGCGAGAGGAAACGCAUGUUCAACCUCAACGAAGCCUUUGACCAGCUGAGGAAGAAGGUGCCCACCUUCGCCUACGAGAAGCGCCUCUCGCGGAUCGAGACCCUCCGCCUGGCCAUCGUCUACAUCGCCUUCAUGACCGAGUUGCUCGAAGGCUGCAAGACCAGCUAG